CAUUUCGGGCACUAGCGCUGCUGUCCAUCGCCGCGCGCGCUCACGUUGGUUCCCGCCAUGACCGAUGCCGCCGUGUCCUUCGCCAAGGAUUUCCUCGCCGGUGGGGUGGCGGCCGCCAUCUCCAAGACCGCCGUCGCCCCCAUCGAGAGGGUGAAGCUACUGCUACAGGUGCAGCAUGCAAGCAAGCAGAUCACCGCUGACAAGCAGUACAAGGGUAUCAUUGACUGUGUGGUGCGCAUCCCCCGUGAGCAGGGCAUCCUCUCCUUCUGGCGUGGCAACCUGGCCAAUGUGAUACGGUACUUCCCCACCCAGGCCCUCAAUUUUGCCUUUAAGGAUAAGUACAAGCAGAUCUUCUUGGGUGGCGUGGACAAGCGCACCCAGUUCUGGCGCUACUUUGCUGGCAACUUGGCGUCUGGGGGUGCUGCUGGCGCAACCUCCCUCUGCUUCGUCUACCCCCUUGACUUCGCCCGAACCCGCCUCGCUGCAGAUGUGGGCAAAUCCGGGGCUGACCGGGAGUUCAGUGGGCUUGGUGACUGCCUGGUCAAAACCUUCCGAUCAGACGGCUUCAGGGGCCUGUACCAGGGCUUCAACGUCUCUGUCCAGGGUAUCAUCAUCUACAGAGCCGCCUACUUUGGCAUCUAUGACACCGCAAAGGGAAUGCUUCCAGACCCAAAGAACACCCACAUUGUUGUCAGUUGGAUGAUUGCUCAGACUGUCACUGCUGUUGCUGGUUUGGUCUCCUAUCCUUUUGAUACAGUUCGUCGUCGCAUGAUGAUGCAGUCUGGCCGUAAAGGAAGUGACAUAAUGUACACGGGCACUAUUGACUGCUGGCGAAAAAUUGCCCGGGAUGAGGGCUCCAAGGCGUUUUUCAAAGGUGCGUGGUCGAAUGUACUCCGAGGAAUGGGUGGCGCCUUUGUCUUAGUUCUGUAUGACGAAAUCAAGAAGUACACAUAAGUUAUUUCCUGUUGAGAACUGACAUGUUGUAAUAUGUAAGCAUGGACUCGAAUGAAAGCCACCUGGUUACUAAACAGGGGUGGCCAAUAUUUAUACAGAUUAACAUGGAGCAGAGGUUGCCCUGUGUUUAUCGAGUCAUUCCUUCUGAUGGGACUCAACCACGGUUUCUAUUUCAGUCAUUUCUGUUUAAAGAGUUCUAAAAUAAAAAUCCAAAACCAA